AUGGAGGUGGUAAUACUGAGAGCGAGAGCCCAACUGAAUCGUCUUGUGUCGUCGGGUGAGAGGCGCGCGGGGGGCGGCGAGCGCUCGCCCCGUGCGGAGGGCGGUGGCGCGGCGGCGCGGGGGGGCGCGGGGCGCGAGCGCAACGCCAGCAUGGCGCCGGCCGCGCCCGCGCCGGCGUCCACCGCGCCCUGGCUCAACGCCACGCUCGUCUACAACGCCACCCGGCUCAACGCCACUUUUGACACCGACUACGAGUUACUCAGCUCCAAUUCCACCGACGAACACCAUCACUGGUUUUGCGCGAAAUGGACCAACGCACAGCAAGAUCUCUUUCAGGCUGCCAACUUGUGUUUUGCGAUCGCAUUCCUAGCACCGAAGAGCUUUAAGCAGAGCAUCCUAGUGCUGCGCGCGCUAGCCGCAACGGGCGCCGUGCUCAUGGGGCUGUGGGCGGGCGCCGAGGUGUGCGCGCCUGACGUGCUCGCCUGGAGCCUUGCGCUCGUGCUCGUCAACUCUAUACACACUGUGUUUCUUAUAAUAAGGUUUCUUCCUCCAGCACUAUCUCUAGAGCUAACAGAUUUAUACUUGAAGCUAUUCAAGCCUCUAAAAGUGAACAAGAAGCACUUCACUGAACUGACACGAGAAGCUAGGAUAGUGCGGCUUGAGCCCGGCGAAGCGUACGCGGUUGAAGAAGUCACACCGGCUGACGAGAGAUUGUCUAUACUUCUAAAGGGAAAGAUGCGAGUAAGCUGUGACGAGACACAUCUGCACUACAUUCAACCCUACCAGUUCGUCGAUUCUCCAGAAUGGGAAGCCAAUCGAGAACAAUCAGACGACGUCUUCCAGGUGAGCGUUAUUGCGGAGGAGGUGUCCACGUGCGUAUGCUGGCCACGCAUGCGCCUGGAGCGCGUAUUGCGUCACCGCCCGGCACUCAAGGUCGUGCUCGACUGCCUUAUAGGCAAGGAUAUAACACACAAGUUGUACUCGGUGAGCGAAGGAUUGGGCGCCGGUGUAGGAACCGACAAUGAAGGGCCGCCCUCCCAUCUGACACGUUCAGCUAGCGUGGACGCUGUUCAUGAGGGCACGCGUGGGAGACUGCGAAGUAAUGCGUGGCGCGCGCGCACCACUGUCACCAAAGGAACAUCAUACUGGCAACCAAUGGUGGCCCGUCAAUUCCUCCGACAAUCACCAUUCGGGCGAGUGGCCCAGCCGCCGCGGCUGCUUGCGCAAGCAUCGUCAGCGAGUCUGCAGCCAGCAGCACCACCUCGGAAGCGAAGUCCUCCGCGACGGACAACGUCGUUCCGGCGGGGCAGGGAGGUGAAGUUUGCGGAGAUGACGAUAGCUUCGGAGCCGGCUGUGUGACGCGGGCCGCGGCUCCAGCCCGAGCUGGUGCCGCUCGUCUCCCCACAAACCUUCUCUCCCACCCACAUGUCGCCAUCCCAAAAGACACCCUGACCGUUAACCGAGCGAUCGGACUCGCCUCGUACCACAGACUUUUAGCGAGCCGUCGUCAUCUACUGUGAACUUAACUACUUGGUGCCCUUACAAUACAGUGCCGUAUUUUAUAUCGGAAAUUUAACGUGUAAACGCAAGUGAAAUACGAAAACAUGUUUACGUUGGUGGUUUGAGUAUGUUCAUGUAAAAUCCAUGUUAAACAACUCGACAUAUAUUGUGACUUGUGACGUUUUCUCAUUUGCUCGAACUUAAACUUUGCAAUGGAACUACAUCAAAGUCGUACAGUGGUACUGAUGCAGUAAGUGAACACUUAGUGUAUAUUGAGUAUGAUUAAUUUAAGGAGUGCUGGUGUAAUAUUGUAAUUAUUGUGUGAGGAAGUAGUCUAGUGCCGACGUACCUAUCGACUGUAUGCAUUGCAGCGUACAUGAUUACCUAACGCUCAAGUACUAUCUAAAUGAACACUACGCUAAAGUGACAAAUUUUAUAAUUGCAAAUAAUGCGAUCAGAGCGAUGAAUAGUUCCAUACUGAUAGAAUAAAGGAAUUGUAAUUAUACCUAAUUUUUUAGCGAUCGAUAAUUCAAAUGUGGAAUUCUAAAAGUAUUUUAAUGUUAAAGUAAUUAAUUGUUUAUUAGUGGUAAGAUGUGUUAAAUUCGUGAUAAAAUAUUAAAGUUACUGCGCGAGUUUAUAUUAUGUAAUAUUCAUCAAAGGUUUACUGCAUAAAUAUUUUCGAAAUCCGUGUACUACAUUUAACAUAAGUGCGUAUACAUUUUGAAACUAUAUUUCUUUCUUCUGUUGCAAAAGGAAUUAUUAGCUGAUAUAUGCUUGCAUUCGUUUUCAAACCCAAACAGCAAAAGCCCGGUGCUGAUAUGAUCCGGAAUAAAAGCGGCAAAGCCUGAAUAGUUCUUAAAAUCUUACAUAUAAACCGAUGGUAACUGUAUUUCUACAAUAUGUUCUAAGCUUAAGAUAAAAAUAAAGACUCGAUUGAUGUUUUACACAGCAGCUUUUGAAAACCAUAUACAUAAUAAGUUCUACCUAGUAACGAAUGCUUCUGUACCGAUUAAACCUUCAUUGUAGCCAAAAAGGGUCAAUUUAAAUAUCACUCGUGAUAGUUACAAAACUUGUGAAAAUUACAACGAAAGCAAUGGUUUGUGUUAGUCUGUUAGUGUAGUCGAUGUCAGUGCUUAAUGUAUCCAAAACUGCAAAUAAAAUAAAACUUCAAAUAUCUUCCAAUUACAAACAAGCCCACAAAUAGUUCUCAUCAAAUGAAUGAAUCUGUGAAAUUAUAUUAAUGAAAUAAAACUGUAUUUGAUUAUCUGUUGUCGACAUCGAUCAAACUCCGGUAGGCAAGCAUGAAGUCGUGGCAAGUCUUGCAGAUUCAUGUGGUCAAUAUGGA